GUGAUGCUGCAGCCAAGAUGGCGCUGGCGGCGGCCGCGGCGGCCUGAGCGUCAUGCUCCGGGCUUUCGGCGGCGGCUGCGGCGGCUGUGGCCUCGGCCAGGGCCUUGAGUCUCUCCCGAGAGUGAGCUCUCCGGCGCCUCUCCUCCGGCCUGGUGAGGCGGGACCGAGAGGAGACCGCCGCGAAGAGAGGAGGCUGUGAGGAGCGGCGAGAGAGCGGCGCUCGAGCCGGGCAGGCACCAUGGCUGGGAUCAUCAAGAAACAGAUCCUGAAGCACCUCUCCAGCGUUUCCUGCUGGCUGUGGUGGAGAUUGGUGUGCUGUGAAUUGCACAAUCACCUAAGUGAGUACCAGAAGAGUCUAAGAAACCCUGGCAGCUGACUGCUUCCUUUCACCAGGAAUAGGGACCUUUUGUCCCUCAGAUUCACCAAAAACUUAUCUCCUGACAAAAUAAACCUAAGCACCCUUAAAGGAGAAGGUGAACUGAAGAACCUGGAACUGGAUGAGGAGGUGCUCCAGAACAUGCUGGAUUUGCCCACCUGGCUGGCCAUCAACAGAGUGUUUUGUAAUAAAGCAUCCAUCAGGAAAAAUUUAUUUGUAGAUUCCGUGGACAAAGCUGAAAACACACCCCAUCUGUUUGUCCCUAGAUAAAGUAAUAAUGGAGAUGAGUACUUGUGAAGAGCCACGAGCCCCUAACGGUCCAUCCCCAAUUGCAACGGCUUCAGGACAGAGUGAGUACGGCUUUGCUGAGAAGGUUGUCGAGGGGAUUACUGUUUCUGUCAAUUCUAUCGUCAUCAGAAUUGGAGCAAAAGCUUUCAAUGCCUCCUUUGAACUUUCUCAGCUCCGUAUCUAUAGUGUCAACGCACAGUGGGAACACGGAGACUUGAGAUUUACUCGGAUUCAAGAUCCACAGAGGGGAGAGGUUUUGACAUUUAAAGAAAUAAAUUGGCAGAUGAUUCGAAUUGAGGCAGAUGCUACCCAGAGUUCACAUCUUGAAAUUAUGUGUGCUCCUGUUCGAUUAAUAACCAAUCAGUCAAAAAUCCGAGUCACCCUUAAAAGAAGAUUAAAAGACUGCAAUGUCAUUGCAACAAAGCUAGUUCUAAUCCUGGAUGACUUGUUAUGGGUCUUAACGGAUUCCCAGUUGAAGGCGAUGGUGCAGUAUGCAAAGUCUCUGAGUGAGGCCAUAGAGAAGUCAACAGAACAGAGGAAGAGCAUGGCUCCUGAACCUGCUCAGAGCUCUACAAUCACUUCAUCUGCACAGCACGUCAAGACCCCACAGGCCGCCAAUGCUCCUGACCUCGGCGAUGCAAUUGUGAAAUUGUUCAAUGACUUUGAUGUGAAGGAAACCUCCCAUCAUCUAGUGAUUUCCCAUCUAGAUCUACAUAUCUGUGAUGAUAUCCAUGCAAAAGAAAAAGAGUCGAGCAGACGUAUUAGUGGAGGGGCUAUGCAACUCUCUUUCACACAGCUGACCGUAGAUUAUUAUCCUUAUCAUAAAGCAGGAGAUAGCUGUAGUCACUGGAUGUAUUUUAGUGAUGCAACUAAAACAAAAAUUGGAUGGGCCAACGAGUUGCUGCAUGAGUUCGAAUGCAACGUUGAAAUGCUUAAGCAGGCGAUGAAGGACCAUAAUUUAGGUUCACCUCCUAAAUCCCUGACACACGCCUCUCCCCAGCACACACAAACAGAGAAAGACUCAACUCUGAAAGGGACUCCCAGAACACCUUCAGUGUCAUCUCAGCCAUCCAAAGCUAAGCUCAUGUCUAGUUCUGUUGUUGUUAGGCUUGCAGAUUUCAAUAUAUAUCAGGUCUCGACAGCAGAACAAUGUCGUUCUUCCCCUAAAAGUAUGAUUUCCUGCAACAAAAAAUCUCUGUAUCUUCCACAAGAAAUGUCAGCUAUCUAUAUUGAAUUCACAGAGUAUUACUAUCCAGAUGGGAAGGAUUUUCCAAGUAAGAGAGUUUACUUUGUUACUAUUGUUCAUUAUUGGAUUUUUUAUGAAUAUUUUAGGUAUUAUUAAGUUAUGCAGGAAAUUUGCUCUAGUCACACUGUGUUUCAGACACCCUUUUCAUAUGUACACCUUUGUACCUUACAUGUCUGCACGUUG